CCGUUGUAAUAGGUGGUCAGCUUUUGUCUCAAAUACCGAUACAAGAUGUUGUCACAUAUUUUCCUUGGAGUGCUUUUAUUCUUUACUGGUCAGACAGUCGCAAAAACGCUCGAAACGCCUGCCGACAUUGUUAUGUUUGAUGUUGUUGAUCUCUCAGGCUUAAAACCUACAAGUGGCUCACCUUUUGGCGGUCAAAACGCAUACGAUUUUCCUUCAAAUGCUUCUAAUUUGGUUGCACCUCCAAAUGUUUCUAGUUCUUUCGUCAACAAUUCAAUUUUACUGAGGGAAUUUACUGUAAUGGCUAAUCUUCGUGUAGCCGAUGGCGAAAAUGGUGGAACUAUUGUAUUUUUAUCAAAUCCUGAUCGUCCUAACCGUGCGGGCUUUGCCGUUACAUUCAAUUGGAAUAAUGACGUAGCACAAGUUGGCGUAUCUUUCUUCUUAAGAGGCAUUCCGGAAUCAUCGUUAUGUGCAUUUGGUGCCCGAAAUAUACCUAAGAAUGAAUGGGUACAUUUGGAGGUUCGAAUGUAUAUGGAUGAACGUUUAGCAAGGUGUAGAAUUGAUGUACCAAGAGGUAAAAGCUACUAUCGUUAUACUGGAAUUGACAACCAAGAUAGUUCGAUACAUGCAUUUCAUCCAAACGGUCAUUUGAGAUUGGCACAACAGUAUUUGACUGGCGAUGAAAACGUUUUUUUCAUCCCUGAACGAUUCGUGGGAAAGUUGCAAGAUGUGAUCAUAAGUUUUGGUCAACCCAAUUGCACGUAUAUAAUUGAACAAAAUAUCGCAAAGUCGACACCAGCUCCUGUAACAUGUCCAACAAACAACGUUCCAAAAGGUGAUGAUUGUGUUGAUGCUAAUGGCAACCAACGUAAUAAUACGGAAAAAUGGCAAGAAGGAAUGUUAACUGAAUGUAGUUGUGAUAAAGGGAGAAUAUAUUGCGUCAAAUCCGUUCAAAGUUGUACCAUGAAAGGAAAACGGUAUAAAGAUGGUCAAAAAUGGGAUGAUCCUGACAAUUGCAAUUUUUGUGAAUGUAAGGAUGGUACAGUGAUGUGUUCAGGGAACCCUACGAUCUGGAUGUUCAUUAUUGAUUUGUCAAAAUGGAAUUCCAUCUGAAAUCCAAAGAGUUUUUUGUUAGUGAAGUUUCGAAUGUUCUUUUUGUUUUAUUUUUUUGUGUUUUGGGUUAAGUAUGAAUAAAAAAAAUACGCUACAUUUACAAACAACUUACUGAAGUAAAAAUAAUGGGAAAACUAGUAUAUCAAUAGAAAUUUGAAAACGGU